CCCCUGCAGGCGGUCACCGGGGGCACUGCUCCUCCUCCUCUUCCUAUACUCCGCUCUCUGACUCCACGGCUCCUCAUUCACUAGAAGAUGGCGGACUGCGCUCCACUGUUAGAUGAGGAACUCUCGUCCUUUGUCUUCAAUUACCUGACAGAAAACUCCGGCAGCCAGUAUGGGGAGGAGGAGGUGUGUUCGGACCGCUUGGACACCGACUUCCCGGACAUCGACCUUUCCCAGCUGGACACCAGCGACUUCGACAGCGUCAACUGUCUCAGCGAGCUACAGUGGUGCAACGAUCAGUCGGCGGACGCAUCGCCGGCCUCCAUCCACUACAGUACAGCAGAUGAGCUCUUUGAGAUAGAAGAGGAGAAUGCGGCUCUGCUCGCCGCACUCACCGACAGCUUGGAUGGCAUGGUGGAUGCCGAAGUGGACGGGCUCUCCGUCUUCCCCACCCUGGGGGAGGAGCCCGACCAGGAGGAGGAAGAAGACGACGGCCUUCCUCUCACGGCUGAGAACUUCAGUCAGUCUCUCGGGGCCAGGACAGAGGACCCAUCUCCAUCUCUCCUGGAGAAGCUGCUGCUGACUCCUCCCAACGUGCCCACGGGCAUCGACGCACACAAAGACAAAGUCCAGGGCCAACGCUAUAGCAACAGGAGCCUGCACCUACGGACGGUCAGACCUCUGGUCAAGAGUGACCUCCCUCAGGAGCGGAAGCCCCGAGCCGUGCGUCCGGCGGGCCGCCUGUGCACCGAGCUCCACCGCCACCUCACCACCGCCCAGGACUCGGAGGACACCCCGGCCCCAGACACGGAGGAGGACGAGGAGGAAGAAGAGGACGAGGACAGUGAGUCGGAGGAGGAUGAAGAGGAGGAAGGGGAGGAGGAAGAGGAGGAGUCUUCCAGUAGUGAGGUCGAGGGUGCGGCAGUUGCGGCUGCUGUUCCCGCCGAACCAGCCAAGCCUCAGUUCAGCUCAGAGAAAGAACUGCACUCAGUGGUGGAGCUGAUCACGUACAUGCACACCUACUGCCUGCCCACGCGCAAGCAGCAGGGAUGGGAGCGUAAGGACCGUGACCUCCAGAGGUCUCGGGCCAGACCUGAAGCUUCCCGCCUGGCCACCACAAACUCUCACAGCAGAGUUGUCUUGGUGGCUACUCCUGGGACUAGUGCGGGCUUGACCGGGUCAGGCAAUAAUGUCCCAAGGAGGCUUCCCUUUGCAAGGCGAAGGGAGAUGAAGGCCAACUCCCUUCUCCGUGAGCUCCUGCAGCAGAGCAGCUCUUUCGAUGUGAGCAAGCCUUACAGACUGCACAGCCCUCCUUACUCCCACUCCCACAGCCCAAACAGAGGAGUAUCUGCUCCUUCUGCCCAAGCUAAAUCAGCCCCAGCCCACUCCCCCAAUUCCACCAACCCUAAAUUGGAGCUUCGUAAAGACUCUUCCUCCCCUGAGAGGAGAAACUACUCCUCUGAGGCGCCUCAAAGGCCGGAGGAGACUUCGGAGGACAGCGGCUCCUUCUCAGUCCGGCGCUCCCGACGUCUGGCCUCCUUCCCCAGCCGCUUCGCCAAACGUCUGCGGCCUGCACGAGCGAGGGACAGCGAGUGGAACGACAGGGACGUGAAGGAGGAGGGACGAGCGGGGGUCAAGCUCCUGCCCACCCAAGCGGGAGGGGGAACCACGACGGAGACGCAGCCAGAGCAGCUAACGGCGGGGGACGGCAGUGCCGGUACAAUGGAGCCGACCAAACCCUGCUGCCACAACGAAAAGCGAGCCUGCCUCUGUCUGCCUCUCAACCCCAAGUCCACAGGAGAGUCCCAGUUCAGCACCAAGCCUUUUGAGCAGACGCUCAGUGUGGAUCUCUGUGGAACGGCAGGUCUCACCCCUCCCACCACCCCGCCUCACAAACCAGUGGAGGACGAGCUCUUCAAACCUGCCGAGGGAGGAAAGGGGAGCGAGGUCACAGGUGGUGGCAGCAGCGACUCUGUCCACCCGGCUUCCAACACCAACGUUUCCAUGAAGGGCUCGUCCUGGCUGAGCCGCCCCCAUCACCAGCGGAAGCUCCCAGAGCAGACGGAGCUGUACGCCCAGCUGCGGCGCAUGGGCCAGGCCGGUGACAGCGACACCCACCGCACCUUUGGUGACCACGACUACUGUGCGCUGAGCCUCGGGGAGAGCCGCAAGCGUAGCGCUGCCAUGCUUGGUGCCAUGUUACAGGCGCAAGGAGGGAGCGAUGGAGCACCCAAAGCAGCCGAUGAUCAGGUAUGGGAUGGAAAGGGCAAGGAGAACGGGGAGCGGCUGCUGGUGUCAGAGGUGGAGGAACCGCUCGAGAAGCAAUCGGUGACGGUGGUGAUAUCGUCAGCGCCGCCACCAGACUGCCAGCUGGCAGGCGCCACACCUCCGGCUUCGGAAGAAGAGGCGGAGCGCUCGUCUGCGUCUCGCUCACCCUCGCCCAUCCCCCACAUGUGUCCCGACUCCCCCGCCAGCAAGACAGACUCCAGUGAGAACUCAGAGAUCUGUCCCGACGACAAGCAGAGGAACAAAGCCAAGUCUGACGAGGACAACUGCCAGGUGUUUUACAUCCACAACCUGCCAACCAGCGUGACCCAGAACAUGCUGAGGAAACGCUUCCAGGUUUUCGGCAAAGCAGAGGACUGCAAAGUCAUCAUCUGCAACGAGGAGCGCUGUGGGGUGAUAAAGAUUCGCCAGCCAGGGGUUCAAAGACACUGGAGAGAACGGGAGACCGUUUUCCAGAAUGGACCUGCAGGCCUCAGGAGGCUAACGAGAAAACGCUACAUAGAUCUUGAUGAGGCAGGUCCGGGCCCCGUCAAGAGCAAGUACGAUGCACUGGACUUUGACACUCUGCUGAAGGAGGCCCAGAAGUCCCUGCACCGCUGACAGCACAGCAGCCCUGACUGGCCGGCCUUAGAAAACUGCAGCAACACCCCUCCGACUACACGGCUCUGCCCUCAGACGGGCCUCUCAGUACCUCCAUGCAAGGCAACCUCGCAAAAUGUUUACAUUUUUACCGUUGGAAUAAAGUAACGAUAAGGACCUUGUUGUUUUUUAAGUUUCUUUCACCGGAGGAUACUGCUUAAAAAUGAGGAAGCCACUGGGAGUUCAGAGGAGUUCACAGACAAUGGAGUUUCAACAGCAAUGGUACAACAACCACAAACGAUAAUGAUACACUUCCCUUCUCUGAACAACAAUAACAAAGCUGUCUGUUUUGGUGACAUCAUCGCCCCGUCUUGGAAGAGCGGGCAUGAGAGACCUCUGUAGCAAAAAUCCUUGCUAUUCCUGCGUUGCGUUGGUCGUCGUGGUGUGUGUGUUUCUGCGUGUGCGUGUUCUUUGUUUUGUAAAAAAAAAAAGAGAAAAACCUCCUUUUUCCAGUCACAGGUGGUGAACCUGCAAGCUACGUUCGCCAUGAAGUUGUGCGGUUGUAUAACCAGAAAAAAAACACAAAAAAAACCCUGCUUUGUUUUAGCGAAAAAUUGUGGAUGUUAUAAAUUUUAAAAAUCUAUUGUGUGUGCGUUAUGGACAAAGAAUAUAUAAAAAAAAAAACAUUUAUUGUAAUCAUUUGAUGACUGAUAAAGUUUACAAAUCUAAAAUGAAGAAGAAAAAAAUCAUGUUUUUUUCUUUUUUGUAAUUGUAGUGCUUCCUUGAUUUGAUCUAUGCACUGUAAGGAGGCAAAUGUCUCCGCUGUCCUCCACUUUCCCCCUUUUGACUAAUCUCCAACUCUGCCAUGCUGAUUAUUUUUGGCUUUGCUACUGGCUGCUGCAGGCUCUGUUUGGUAGGCGUUUCCUACAUUAAGACCCCGACUCGGUCCUGGGAAAAAAUGAACCUUCAACCCAUUUGUUGGAAAACCACUUUCCCUACUACUUAUGGCUAUGAAAAGUUUGUGAAGUGUGACUACAUUUCAAACAAAUAUUUAAAGUGGGUUUAAGAAAAUCCCAGGGUUUGGUUAAAACAAGAACUGAGAUAAAGUCAGUAAACGUUAGAUUAUCUGUAGAGCGAUUGGUUGAACACCAACGCUGACAUUGGUUAAGUAACUGCCAAAUACAUUUCACAUGGAAAUAUGACAAAUUGGCCAGUGUCAAAUUUCCUCACACAAGGGUCAGUUUUUCAAAAAUAUUCCAGGUACAUUUCUUUCCACAUCCAGAGGGGUCUUAAUGUAUUUUCAAUAGGGUCCCACUGAACAUGUGUCCAACAAAGGCUGCAGCCUAACGACACCCCCUCGAAUGCCACAGCCAAUGCAACAGUUACUGUUUACAUUUGGACUGCAGCAAGCAGGACUAAAAUGGGGAAACAUUGGUAAGCAUUACAUCCCAAUCCAUUUUUUCCCCCCCACAUACAGUCCCAUCAGUUCUUACAUGUCCUGUAAAUGGAACUAUUUGGAUUUUCGUUGGUUGACGUUGGGUUAUUUUGACGUUGGGUUCCAAAGUACAAAGAAGAACCAGAUCCGUUUGCUCUCCAUGAUAAUGGAAUAUUCCGAGUAGAUGAAUCUGCCAGCUCAAACAGAAUGUAUUCAAGUAUCUGAAUGUAAUAAUUGUGUUUUCCCCAUUUCUGCUUGCCCAAAGAUUGUGAAGCUUUUUGGUGCUUUUACAAACGGUAGACUUGCUUAGUCAUCCGGUUGACUGCAUAUGACUGAUUCUGGCAUGAAGCGCAGUCAGGGUAGCGCCAAAUUUACAUUCCUGACACAGCCAGUAGCAUCCGCCGUGAAAAAAGGGAGAGAGCCUCCAAGCCUGCCAAUACUGAUGGCACCACACCGCCACCUACAACACAGCCGAGGAAGGAGCUAGGGAUGGGCUUGAAAGUAACGAAAGGUUUCAGCCGAGAAUCUUAUUUCUCGUCUGGGAGGUACUGUAUCAGCAGAGCAUCUCUACCUCACAUCCAUCCAUCCCUGCUCCCCCUGUUUUGUUUUAUUUCCUUGUUCUACUGGAUGCUCUCCCCCUCCUCUUUUAUAACACACACACUUUGUUUUUUUGUCAGAAACGUUCUCUUAUGUAAGGGUUUCCCCAACUGAUGGAUGGUUAUGGGUAGUUUGGGGGUAUGUGUUUGGUCUUUUUAUACUAUGACUCCUUCUACCACUAAGCCCCUCGUGAGGGGAAUAAUCUCUCUCUCUCUUUCCUUCGCUUGCCUCAUAACGGUUUUUAGCGUGUCCGUCUCUUGGAGUCUCGACCUUGUGUCCUUGUGUAACUGAGUGUUUUGUCUUCGUCUCGUGUUUGAAUCGGACACUGCUGACGCUUGCAGGUUGGUUAGGAUGGGAGGGGUUGAACGGUGACUCGGUGGUCGGUCGGUCCUUGAGUGCACUUUGAGGAGGAAGAUUCCCAAUCUUUCCCCCCCUUCCUGCUCUCAUUUUCUUGUGGGUCCCGCCAUUUCCUACCGAUUUCCCCGUUACACCUCUCCUUGCCCAGGAAUUUCUAUAAAACGCAGCUCGACUCUUUCUCUAACUUUAUCGCUUUCUGUCUCUCGGUGGGUCAAAGGCCUUGUUUCCAGGUCUUCCCUACACCCUGGUAAACUCUCUGCUUUUUAACAGAUCUCUUUCCCCUCAGCCUCUUCCUCUCUCUAUGUAAUCAACUCCUUGGUAACACACACACACACACACACAAAAAAAUUGAAUGUUUACAUCACUCGAUUCUCCUUUGACUUUAUUAGGAACGCACACUAAGUACAAAGGCGCCUUAUUCAGUGUUAAAAAAAAAUAACAGCGAAGCGAAGUGGCCUAGAGAGACGCACCUUCUCCAGGCUCGAUGUCCAAAACUAACAAAUUUAGUGCUAUACAUACUGAUUGAGAAACAAGGUGUCGACUAUAAAAAGAUGAGAAAAAAGAAAAAGAAAUUUCAACAAAACUAAUCGCAAACAACUGAAUGAGUAUUUGUGCUUAGUAUGUAUACUACUAAGAAGUGAGAGAAUGUGCUGGUUUACAUAUUAAAAAAGAAAAUAUAAUAUAUGAAUAUAAAAUGUGUAUAUAGCACUAUGCCUCGUUGUAAACAUAAAAUGUAUUGUGUGUUUUUUUUUUGUUUUUGUUUUUGUUUUUUCUGGUUGGUUUUUGUAAAGGUGGCGGGUCACAGCUGAUUGCUAAUCAGACAGGGUCGCUUUUGUUCCAGUGAGUUAAUGUUUGUUCAGUACAGGGAGGAAAUUAAGGGAAAGAAAAUUUAAGUUGAAACGACUUCGCAAAGUCCAACACUGUUGUUCAAAAAAGAUACAAGUAUCCCUUUAGACUAUCACGCUAGAAAGUUCUAUUUCUUUGCUGUUUAUGAAACGACUAAAUAUUUUUCAAUGUUUUUUUUCUUUUCUUCUGUUUUCUUAAAAAGCAAUUUGAAAUGCAAUACAUAAUAAUCUUAUCUUUAAGACAGCCUUUCCGAAAAACUGAGGUAAUAAUGUACAGUGUGUGGCUGGUUGUUGGACUACGACUCGGGCUGUCGUUGAGCUGCGGAUUCAAUAGGCUAACUGGUAUCGUAUGUGGACUGCUGUUAGACACACACACACAAAAACAAAACAAACAAAAAAAAUCAUAAAAACAAAAACUACAGGAAGAAUGUGGUCAGUCGUGUCGUUAACACAUAUACAAAACAACUAAUACAGUAUACUCUUGCACAAUUAACGUCCCAAAUAGUGAAAUACCUUCACAAUAUUUUUCUUCACAACGAAAAGGAAGCGGUUGUAACUCCGGUUAUUACCGCAUUUCGAUGGCGCGCAGGUUCGUUGAAAUCUGAGUCGCGUUAAACAUUUACUUGUAUUACAGUAACAGCUAUUAACGAUACAUAUGACUCUGGGAAAAUAAUGUGGGAAGGAGGAAAAAAGAAAAUAUAGUCGUUGCUCGUUUGACCCAAUUAAAUUCAGACUAGUUGAUACAGAUGUGGGAGACACUGUGGGAAUCCCAGUUUCAAUGCUGCACAUUUACUUUAUCCCAAAAAACAAAAACAAAGGAAGCAUUUGGAUUAAAUCAAUUACAACUGUAAGAAAACGCGUCGCUAAAGCUGGAUUGAUGCAAAAUAAAAGCAUGAAGGCAGCCUGAUUCGUCAGAUUUAUGGACGCUAUGGAUGAAAUAGUGCGAGGGAACAUUUUCAGAUUUUCUUACUGAUGACCAAAAUGUCACCUUAGUUGUUGAAUCAUAACUUCAGGCUGUUUGGCCUGAGCGUGCACAGUUUCUACAAUGUAAUCCUAAAUUUAGACUUCCAAAUCUUGAGACUGCAGCAUGCGGUGGGAUUUCCACAGUGGCUGCCGCUGUGCCUAUGAGGGUACCUCCAUUGUUGUAGAGGUGGAUGACAUCGGAAUAACCCCAUUUUUCAUCAUGGCAAGCCUUAAAAAUCAAUCUGGGAGGGGGGAAAUGAAGCUACCACUAGCUUUUAUUAUUACUGUCUCAACUCCUUUCCAAUCCAAUGUGGUUUAUUAUUAAAUAAUUACUGACGUAAUUAAAACUUUUUUCAAUAGCCAUAUUAUAAAAAGGUAUAUACAUAUAUAUGAAUAUAUAUAUUUGUGUGUUUGUGUAGAUAUCUAGAUGAUUAUAUACUUUCUUAUAGAAAACUUUGAUGUUGACCAUUCUCCUCAGUGUUUUGAGAACACGUUGACACAUUUCAACAUAAUAAUACCGCUGUCCAUUUUGGUCUAGGUCCUAGGUCGAUGGACAAUGAAUCCAAAUAAAUAAAUAAAAAUAAUAAAAAAAAUAAAAACUUCCAAAGGGAAUUACCCUCGUCAGAAUGCAAUACUUUUCUUUCCACUCUUCAUUUCAACAAAAUGGAAAAUGGCAAGAAAAAAACCAUAAAACUUGAUGGGCAAGUUGACCAAAAAAAAUAAAUAAAUCAAAUAAAACUUACAACAACAAUAAAAAGCACGGCUCGUGGAAAAAAUGUGACUUUUUUUCAAAACGGCCACGUCGGAUUCAGUUUUAUAGAUGUCAUGUUUCCAAUGCCAUGGCCCACUUAAAAAAAAAAAACAUGUUUGUUUUUAUGUCACUUACCGUUUCUUUAGUUCGGGAAAAAAAAAAACAAUGCAUCUGUCAGCUAGAUAUACCAUCAAAUUAACCCCUACCAGGACAGGAGUGCUUGCAAUACUGACCCGAUUCCGGCUUCAGAUUCCACUUUGAUCUGUAAAAAACAAAAAUAAUAAAAAAAAAUAAUGGUUGUGUCACAUUUCAGCAUCAACAGUUGUACAAUACACAGAAACUAAUGGGUAAUCUGUUAAACUUGAUGGUAACAGUGAUGUCAAAUAGGCACUUAGUAGGGACUGCAAACUGUCAAAAUCUGCUAAAUGUGAGUGGGUGUUUUUUUUUUUUUUUUUGGUGGAGGAAAAUAUUUUGACAUAAAAAAGGGCAUACAUUGUUUUUGUUGUUUUUCAUUACUUUUGAUUUUAUUGUCUAUUUACAUCUAAUGACUAUCAAAUCCACAUGAUUUUUUGUUUUGUUUCUUUUUUUAACUUAGUUUUUGGUAAAAACAAAAAAAGGUAAAUACUGCUAGUGAGAUUUUAUAUUUUUACAUAUGUUGGUUUUAUUUUGCGUUUCUUCUUUCUUUUUUUUUUAUUUAUACGGCACUUAGUUUGGAUGUCUUUAAAUGGUGUUAUUUUCUCCGUUUUGUGUGAUUUCAUAUGUCUUGAGAAUGUGGAGACAAAGGCAUUUCAGUAUUUUUGAAUUGUUAAAAUCUAGUUUCAUAGAAGCGGAAGUAUCUGAUGUUAUAAAUUAUAUUUUAAUUCAUGUAAAUAGUUUAAAAACAGAAGACUAUGGCUUUCUUUUAAACUGAAUACAUUUCUCUUCAGAGAUUGUUUACAUUAUGAAACUGUAGAGAUGUGCUCCUCAUAUACUGUAUAAAGUACAUAUAUUCAUUGAUUUGCCUCCAAAAAAUAAAAUCCUAAUGAACAACA